UUCAUUUCAAGCUGGGUAUGGUGCUACAAACCUGUAAUCCCAGCACCUGGAAGACCAAGGAAGCUCAAGGACAGCAAGGACAGCCUCAGUGCUCCAGGUCACAGACGGCAUGGGCUCUCGGUUCCUCUUGGCUCUCUUCCUGGUCCUCCUGGUGUUGGGAUGUGAGGUCCAAGCAGCCCAGCAGCCGCAGCAAGAUGAUCCAGGCAGUCCAGCUCUGCUGGACAAGGUGCAGGAGUCCAUCUCCAGUUACUGGGACACGGCUAAGGCGGCUGCCCAAGACCUAUACCAGAAAACAUACCUGACCAGUGUGGAUGAGAAACUCAGGGACAUGUACAGCAAAAGCUCGGCAGCCAUGACCACUUACGCCAGCAUUUUUACGGAUCAGAUUCUUACUCUCUUAAAGGGCGAGUAAACCCCGUGUGAGGAGAAGGGAGAACCAGCCCUCGGGCUCUUUGCCCUCAUCACCUGACCAGGAUGGGUCUACAUUCCACUGUCCCAGCAGCCCUUGUCUUCCUGUUCCCA